CGCCGGACUGCCAAUGUCGUCAACAAGUUGCAUGUUGCCUUUAUCGACGAUAUUUUCCCGGUAAAGUCCGAUCGUUUUGCAGUGAUUUGUUUCGCCACGCGAGUCUGCUACCUGCCUGUGUAACCUUGAAGCUGACAUCAUUUCUUGCGCCAAACGCCCCACCUAUGGAUGCCAAUUGCGUGCAAAGUGAUCGGUGGAGUGGUAAACUGGUUUUCAUGGAGUUUGACCACCGAGGAUCCGUCAGCAUUCGAAGCGAAUGGACGCACAGUUGCCUAAGGACAGAUUUACUGGCGGAGGAAAUUUGCGGCCAUAAUAAUAUCACGCUAGUCCGGUUGUACAAAGAACAGGUCAACCCAGCUACUAACGCAAUUAUCCAUCACGCUUUCGUCGUGCUCAAAACGGAGAGCCGAUGGAAGUAUUCCAUUGAGAAGAAUAGGACUGGCAUUUUACUGCAACGUUCGAAAUGUUUGAAUGAUGUUCUGCACUCCGCUUGCGGAGGUGUUGCUGAAACCCAUCAGCAAAUCGGAAAGGGAUCCAUCGGAAAACUUGUUCACUUUUUGUGGCGCAACAACCACUUGGGGGAGCCCUACCAUCCGCAAAGAUGCAACAGUAUGUUAUUCGCAUUACGCAUUUUUAAAGCCUUUUCAUUUCAAAAUUCCGCGCUUACCCAUCACGUUAACGACUCGUCUGACGAUGACCCAGACCAUUUCGAAUACUGAUCUCGAUUACCUUGCAAUCUAUUAUCU